AUGGCCUUCUUACCAGCAAAUACGUCUUCUCUUGAUCGCGUGGCUUACUUGGUAGGCUAUCCAAUCGCCCAUUCCAAGUCCCCGUCGCUGCACCACGCAAUUUAUAGCGCAGUUGGGAAGAGAUGGGGCCAGUGCCUUUGCGAGACCACCGACCUUGAAAGCUUUCUGGCCUAUCUCAAAAAAGAUCCAAAGUGCAUGGGUAGCGGUGUCACCAUGCCCUUCAAAGUCGCCGUGAUUCCUCACCUCGACGAACUUACCAAUGAAGGCAAGACCAUCGGAGCCGUCAACACCAUUUUCUUCAAACCCGCAGCAGACGGGUCAAGGAUAUACUGUGGAACAAAUACGGAUUGCCUAGGCAUUCGUGAUGCCUUCCUCAACAAUGUCGAGGGCUCGCCCUAUCGAGGCAAGCCAGGACUUGUGGUUGGGGGCGGUGGGACUUGCAGAGCAGCCAUCUACACACUGCAGAAUUUCUUUGGUUGUUCGCCGGUAUACAUUGUCAACCGUGACCCCGGUGAAGUUGAAGCCGUCUUGCAAGAAUGUGGUGCACGCGGAGGAGGGGAUGACUUGGUCUACGUCUCAACAACAGAACAAGCCGACAAGGUACCAUGUCCGCGCGCAGUGGUGAGUGCUGUGCCAGACUUCCCUCCAGUGACCAAGAACGAGAAGACUGCCAGAGAGAUCCUCGCUAUUCUGCUAAGAUCUGGAGAUAAAGGUGCUUUGCUGGAAAUGUGCUAUCAUCCUUCUCCUGAUACUGAGAUCUCCAGACUCGCGACAGAUUUUGGUUGGCAAGUGAUUCCAGGUAUUGAAGCCAUGAUCGGGCAAGGGUUAGCACAGGCUCACUUGUGGACCGGUAUCAACAUUGAUGAGGGAUUGAGAAACGUGGCAAGAGCCGCAGUGCUCGCGAAACGCGAUGACUUCUGCGCACCACUAGACCUUUCGGCAUGA